AUGGUCAUGGGCGACCUUCUCUCUCCCAUCCUUUCACUCGUACUGGGAGGAACCGUAUUAGCUGCGCUGUAUCUACUCACCCGGCGCCUUGCAACCCGUAGAGCCCAACAGAAGAUUAUCAAGCAGUGCGGCUGCAAACCCCCUGCCAAAUUCCCUCUAAAAGAUCCUUUCUUCGGCAUAGACGCCAUUUACGACGCCCUUCGCGCCGCCAAAACCAAAAGUUUUCUGGAUCACAAGAAGGGUCAUUAUGAACGCUAUGGCAAUACCUUUUCUUCUAAGCUUUCAACCUUGUCUGUCAUCAGUACGAUCGAACCCGAGAAUAUUAAGACAGUUCUUUCAACAGCAUUCAAAGAUUACGUUGUUGGAGCACCCAGGCGUGAUGCCUUUUUCCCAGUUCUUGGAAACAGCGUUCUUCUUGCCGAUGGUGCACAAUGGGAGCAUUCGCGAGCCCUACUCCGUCCGAGUUUUGCAAGCAGCCAAGUCUCUAACUUGUCAACAUUAGAUACUCAUGUGGAGAAUCUCAUCAGAGCCAUACCACGUGAUGGAUCAGCAGUAGAUCUGGGUGACUUGUUUCAACGUUAUACAGCUGAUGUGACCACUGAUUUUAUGUUCGGCGAGUCGAUCCAGUCCCUGUCGCACCCGAAAUCCUUCCAAGAUCACCUGAUGAGAGCAUUUCGAGACGCUCAAACAGGCGGAGAGCGACGGUUCCGCCUGGGCAGCUUCGCGAAAUUUGUGCCACAACCAACGUUCUACCAGGCAGUCAACCGGGUGCACACAUAUGUGGAUGCACACAUUGACAAAGCGAUCAAACAACAUGAAAUGCUACAGCAAUCGCACAAUGAUCCAGGCCAAGAGCAUGGAAAAUACGUCUUUUUGCACGAGCUCCUCAAGCUCACUGGUGAUGGACAGACCCUUCGAAAUGAGCUCAUUGCCAUCUUUUUCGCGGGGCGUGACACUACAAGUGCCCUUCUAUCGAACCUGUUCUUUGUCCUCGCCAGAAAUCCUCACAUCUGGCAGCGCCUUCGUGACGAGGUCAAUCAACUGCAAGGGCGGAAGCCAACCUUGGAUGAGCUUAAAGCUAUGAAGUAUCUGGGAUGCUGCUUGAAUGAAGCACUUCGGCUCUAUCCUGUAGUCCCGGCAUCGUCGCGUGUUGCAGUCAGAGAUACGGUCCUUCCGGAAGGUGGGGGAGUCGACGAAAAGUCUUCGGUCUUCGUGCCUGCCGGGACUCUGGUGGUUUUCCAUUACUUUGCUCUUCACCAACGGAAAGAUCUCUGGGGCCCUGACGCAGGUGAAUUCCGGCCAGAGCGCUGGCAGAACGAAAAGACAUCUUGGAAAUUCUUGCCGUUUGGUGGCGGGCCCAGAAACUGCAUUGGUCAGCAAUUCGCUCUCACUGAGGCCUCGUAUACAACCGUUCGUCUAGUGCAGACAUUUUCAGCUGUGAUGAGCCGCGAUACCGAACCAUGGACGGAAAGCUUAGGUGCUACUUGUAGCUCUGCGAAUGGAGUGAAGGUAGCCAUGACACCGUGCUGA